GGUGUCUAUCUGUGAAGGGGUGGAGCCGGUGAAGGGGGGUCAGUGGGGGAAGGAGGACUGAAGACAGGUCUCCCUGCUCCCGCAGCCACAGUUGCAGCCUUGUCUGUCUGUCCAGAUCCUGCUCCCACCUCAGGCCCAGGCUGACAGUGAGCUGUGCGAUGGGUUCUGAGCUGGAGACGGCGAUGGAGACCCUCAUCAACGUGUUCCACGCCCACUCGGGCAAGGAGGGGGACAAGUACAAGCUGAACAAGAAGGAGCUGAAAGAGCUGCUGCAGACCGAACUCUCUGGCUUCCUGGACGCCCAGAAGGAUGCGGAGGCUGUGGACAAGGUGAUGAAGGAGCUGGAUGAGAACGGAGAUGGGGAGGUGGACUUCCAGGAGUAUGUGGUGCUGGUGGCUGCCCUCACGGUGGCCUGUAACAACUUCUUCUGGGAGAAUAGUUGAGCAGACAGCCCCAGUGGGCAGCGCCCUUCCCCUCUGCCCUGCCAUACCUGCCCCUACACCCUGCUUUCCUUCCUCCCCACCCUCCCCUUCCCAUAACCCCACCUUUGCCCACCCUCCGACAAGGGCGCCAGAGUAGUGGGCCAGACCUGCAACUCGUCUUUCAUUAAAGGCUCAUCUCUCAA